AUGGUGGAUAUUCGUGAGUUUCAGAAAGGCGGAGGUUUUGCGUCAGAAGAAAGGCGGAGGUACUGUGAUUUGUGGCAUCGUUCAUCCCAGCACUUCCACAAAAUCUUCAUCAACCCUAUCGUAACCACUGAGUAUAAGACGACGUUACCCGUUAACGUUGAAGUUGUGGCCUCAAGCAAGGGUCUGCUUCUCCUUGACUUUGGUGAAGUUGUGGGUUUCUGUGUUUCCAAUCCUCUAACUGGGGCGCAUCAAUUGAUACCAUAUCCAAAGCCUACAAAAGAUUAUCGUACAAGAAUUGGUAAUGCAUGCUUGGCGGUUGAUUACCCUAUUUCUGAUCAAUAUAAAUUGGUAACCAUAGGGCUGCUGGAUGGGAAAGAAAGAGGGUAUAAGUUUCAAGUAUUUUCAUCCGAGGGAUCUGAUGGUAUGUGGCGUAAAUUCAAAUUGAGAAUGGACUUGAUCAGAAAUACUUUCAGUAAUUUUCUCAGUUGUACCCCUGUUUAUGUGAAUGAUUCCGUGCAUUGGCUCAGAAAUGAUGGUCGUGUUGUCUCUUUUAUUACAAAGAGAGAAGAGGCUACGAUUCUUGAUCUACCUGAGUUCAUUGUAUAG